CCUGGUGUGUAGUAGCUGUAUCACUGCUCUGCUUUGUUGGAGCCAGCCCAAGGUUUCUCUGCUGUUUAAAUAAAGGCCAACAGAAAGGAAAGCUGAUAGAAGACGCUGGGAAAGUAGUAGAAGUGACAUAUUGUAAGCGAGAUGAAAGAGGAAGAGAAAGCUGUUGAUACAUGAUGUGAAAGGUGGGAGAAUUAUUGUUUUUCUUUUCUAAAUGGCAGCACGAAGGAAGUCAAACUGCAUGAAGGAGGUGGAAAAACCUCAAGAGAAAAGAGAAAGACGCCGGCUUCAGCAGCAGGAGCUCAGGGAGAAAAGAGCUCAGGAGGUGGACACCACCAUCCCCAACUAUGAGAUCAUGUACAUGAUCCGAGAUUUCCGAGCCAGUCUAGACUGCCGGCCCCUGACCACAGCAGACCUGAUUGAAGAGCACAGAAUAUGCGUUUGUGUGAGGAAACGUCCACUCAACAAAAAAAAGUUGUCCAUGAAGGAUUUGGAUGUGAUCACCAUUCCCAGUAAGGAUGUGGUGAUGGUUCAUGAACCUAAACAAAAAGUGGACCUGACCCGCUACCUGGAGAACCAGACCUUCCGUUUUGACUACGCCUUUGACGACAGCACCACAAACGAGAUGGUUUACAGGUUCACAGCCAGACCUCUUGUGGAAACCAUUUUUGAGAGAGGCAUGGCCACCUGCUUUGCCUACGGACAGACAGGCAGUGGAAAAACACAUACUAUGGGUGGUGAUUUCUCUGGGAAAAAACAAGACUGCUCUAAAGGAAUUUAUGCAUUAGCUGCUCGGGAUGUAUUUCUCAUGUUGAAGAAACCCAGCUACAAAAAGUUAGAUCUACAAGUGUACGCAGCUUUCUUUGAAAUCUACAGUGGGAAGGUGUUUGACCUGCUGAAUCGUAAAGCUAAGCUGAGGGUACUGGAGGAUGGGAAACAGCAAGUGCAGGUGGUGGGGCUGCAGGAGAAGGAGGUCAAGUGCACAGAGGAUGUCCUGAAACUCAUUGAAGUGGGAAACAGCUGCAGAACAUCAGGGCAGACGUCAGCCAACGCUCACUCGUCUCGCAGCCACGCCGUAUUCCAGAUCAUUCUCCGGAGGAAGGGGAAGAUGCAUGGAAAGUUCUCCCUCAUCGAUCUUGCGGGCAAUGAGAGGGGGGCGGAUACAUCGAGCGCUGACCGGCAGACUCGUCUGGAGGGAGCAGAGAUCAACAAAAGCUUGUUAGCCCUGAAGGAGUGUAUCAGAGCUCUGGGUCGUAACAAGCCCCAUACGCCAUUCAGAGCCAGUAAGCUCACCCAGGUCCUCAGAGACUCCUUUAUUGGGGAAAACUCACACACAUGCAUGAUUGCAACCAUUGCUCCUGGGAUGACAUCCUGUGAGACAACACUCAACACACUACGCUACGCUAACAGAGUGAAGGAGUUUGGGAUUAGUCCGUCAGACAUCCAGCGGCUCUGUGGCUGAAGAAACACAGGCAAAUUGGAUGCAAGUUCAGCCACUCAGCCAAUUAAAUUUGUGCAUUCUGGGUGCUAAACACUGGGACUCUGCAGCCCUGACAGCGUAGAGUUACACGUGAAAAGACAGUAGAAAGAAGAAGAAAGAUAGCAAUGUAGAAAAAAGGGGAGAAAUACAGAUGAUAGCACUGGAGAAAGUGGAGAAAAAGAAAAUAGAAAAACAGUGAAUUGAAGAAAGGGAGUGAAAAAUCAGGAAA